UUCUGGAAUGAUUGAGUGCAGACUCUGUAGAAUGCAAUAUCUUCGUGUCGUCGUCGUCGUCGUCGGUGUGGUAUCACUCGUCAUUCCCGAAGCGACCCGAGGAUUGUCCACUUUGUCGAAAAGCACCUUUUCAAGGUCCAGUUUAUGAGUUUGGUGUGGCAACGGGAGAUAUCCGGAACAGUUUUUGACAGCUGGUUUUGUUAGUGCCAAAAAAGUGUGAUAAGCAUAGUUAAGUGGUGUGGGGAUCAGUUUCGCUUUCGUGACUCUUGUUUCUUUCCCUUUUAUUUAUUUCGGUCGCUGCUGCGAGGUUGUCUGUGUCGAAGCUUGUUUCUGUUCUACAGUGAAAUUAGCUCCGAAGAUGCUGUUUCUUUUCUUUGCUGGAGGCCAUAUUUCUGCGGAGGAUAUCUUGUUCUAUUGUUCCUCGACUAGUAAGGCGAAUAAUAAGUCAUAAGAUUUGAACGGGAGUAUUUUAAAGACAGGCUUCUAAUUUGUCAGGUCAGUCAUAACCUUUAGCACCCAUCUUGAACUCUGAAAAUUCGAUGCAUCGAAAAGAGAAGUAGGCCCGCUUGAAGUGUUUUCUCGGAAUCGGGCGGGCGGGGAAAUUCGAGGUGCAAUCAGAUUGUGAGGUAGUUGAUGUAAUCAUCAACUACAGCGAACGCACUCGUUUUAGUCGGGAAAGGGUAUUAAGGUUGGAUAAUUGAGAUUGCUGAAUAUGGAUAGCGUCUCCACAGGGGCAUAUGAUGUCCAGUCGGUGAAUUGGGCAUAUCCGAUGAAGAACCCUACACACUUGCCCCCCAAAAGUCCUCACGGGUACUCCAUGUUUAGUUCAUCAAGCGUCUUCGAGAACAGUGGAGUAUUCAGCCUUCCACAAAGCCAACCAAGCAGAGGCGGUGAGCAUAGGCGUAGUCCUUCUGCAGGGUACAUCCCACAAGGGCAGCCAACUUGGAACUUAGACAGAUUUGGAUCUCCAGAUGGGGUAGUUGUGCUAAAGAAGUGCUCACAUCGCCGAUCAUCGAGUGAUUCUGUGGCUUUUGUGGAUAACUCCUAUCAUUAUAUGAACAACUUAGAGAAUGUUACAGAGGAAGACGAGUUCGUACUACAAGAGCCAUCGCUGCCUGUUUACAGAACAAACAAUCGAAAAGGCUUGAAAGCGAAUAUUGACAGUGGUGAUCAUAUUUUUCCAUACAAGUUACCUGCGAGUCCCUGGUCAUAUCCCGAAAAGAGUGGAAGAGGGGAUCAUAACCUCAUUAGUUACAGGCCGGACAAAGAACACGUCUCUAGAAUUCGCGAUGAUGAGCCUUUUCAAAGACACCAGCCUAGACAUGAAAACCUAGUGGGUUGUAACCAUGUGGGUUCUAAUCUGGCAAAAUCUGGGUCUCCAGAGAAUGGUCGGGGCUUAGGAAAGGCCAGUAAGCAUGUUACUUUAGCUAUUCCUAGCCCUAGUGGUGACAGUCCGUUGGGAUCAAGAAGAAGAGCUCAUAAUUGGAGUACUACUGCAACUUUUGAGAAUCCUUCAACUGCUUCUGAAAGUAACAGUCACAGUGACGACUCUAACGACGAUACUCGUACCAAAAGCUAUGAGAGGCUAAGAAGUGACUUGGAAGUAGGAAGUGAAGAGGGCGGUGAUGCUUCAGUUCAGUUUCAUGACGAUCAUACUAGUUCUGAAAAGGUGGAUCCAAAGCAAGCCAAACGUAUCCUUGUCAACAGACAAUCAGCUCAAAGAUCACGAGUAAGGAAGUUGCAAUACAUCUCUGAGCUCGAAAUGAAAGUCAUUGUAUUAGAGUCAGAAGUCGCCUCGCUUUCGCCUAAGGUGGGCUAUUACGACCAUGAAAGAGCCUUAUUGAAUGCGGAGAAUGUACAGCUCAAGCAGAAGCUUGCAGCACUUACGCAAACUCAACUACUGAAAGAGGCUCGCUCUGAAAGUCUCAAGACGGAGGUCCACAGACUCCGACAGCUUUAUAACCAGCAGCAGCAGCAGCAACCCCAACAUCUCCGCCAACAACGACCUGCGUGUCCAGAAUCCUUGGAACUUCCGCUACAGUUCUUCAGCAAGCUUGACCUUGGUCCUUCGAUUUUCAAGCCCACGUCUCUCAAUGCCAACACAUCUGGAGCGAAGCCCUCGAAGGGUGGAUCUUCCCUUUACUCAUCUCAAGUUAUUUUAUCCCCAUGCGGUAAAACCAUUCGUAGACCUUCCUCAUACACCAUCCCACCCUCCUGCAUGACCCCUGGAGGCAAGGCCUUCGAUGGGGGGAUGAUGGGCAGUCCUGGCGCUUCCUUUAUGGUGCACAAUUCAUAAAAUGAUGACAAUUCAAUCUACCUCCACAAUUGCCAUUUUCCUGCAACAAUCUUUUGAUUCGAUCUGCGUCACAUCUCGAGUACCUGAAGAUGACUUUGGAGAGAAAAUCUGAUGAAGGAUUAUCCGACAAUGGAGAAUCACUCAUCGUCUUCCAACCGCUCACACAGCGACAAUCGUACGGUGUUUUAUAUAUGUUUUUCGUACUUCGUCAAGACUUCUGCUGAGGCCUUCAGUGGACCAGCUAGUCACAAGUGUGAAACCGAUGACUCCAAAGCAGAAAUGGAGCUUGUGUGGACCUCGUUAUGCUCAACAGACCUGCUGCACGGAGAGCCAACUGCAGCAUCUUGGUCAAGCAUUGGUGAUAAGAUAUGCACAAAUCCUUCUCUAGGCUAAUGUAUUUGUAGACUGUGGUGCCAUACACACAGGAAUGCUAGGUUAUUGUGUACAUGUUCUUUGCAUCCACCAAAACACGGCUAUAGUCCAUGGUGAGAGGUUCUUGUGGACAUGGAUAAGAUGAUUUAGAACUGGUAGAAGCGAUCAUCAUGCAAACAUCGCAAUAACGAAAUGCCGAUGAAGUGCUUUGAGUUGAGUUGACAUGUUGUGUUGAUUCAGAAGACCAGGAUGUGAAAACAGAACUUCAAGCAGAUUAUCAUCAAAUGUGAGCUGUUUUGAAGUGAUUCCAAAAGCUCCAUGCGCAUUGCUUCUGAAUGUUAAUUUAUAUUAUUGAAUACUUCUGGAAA